AUGACGUUCAGCGCCUUUCCCUUCAUCCGACUCGGCAUCGACGUCCGCACAGGAAAGUCCUACCACAUUUGCUCGCACAAGUCGCUGCUGUCGUUCGGCGCGAUCCUCGUGUUGCUCGUGGCCAUGUCGUCCGAGCGGUUCCUCUUCAAGGUGAUGGUCGACCGCAUGGAGUCGUACAGAUACGUCUUGUACCAGCUCAUGACGUUUUUGUACGUCCCGCCGAUGUUCUGCAUUGUCAGCUACAAGGCCACACAUAGUGAUCUGGGAGAAAACGAUGGCAUGGAGUUUUCCAAAUUUCACUUUUUCGUCAUGGGGCUGCUCGACCUCCUCCACGGGCUCAUGUUGUUUAUUGCCGGUGGGCGAACGGACCCAACGCAGACGCUUUUGUUCAUGCAGGCUUCGAUCCCGAUAUCAGCCUGCCUGUCCACUUUGUUCUUCGGCGUCAGGUACACGCGACCGCAGAUUGCAGGCAUGUUGGCAAUCACAGGCGGUCUUGUUCUGUCCCUCAUCUCUUGCAUUGAAAAUGCUGGCAGCGACGACUUUGAUGAUCGCGAGAUUGGUUGGAACAGUAUACUCUACCUGCUUGCAGCGAUUCCCGGCUCGUUGUCCAUGCUAUACAAGGAGCGCGUGAUUUGUGAUCAGCCAGUGGAUGCAUCUUGCCUGAAUGCGUGGGUGUCACUGAAUCAGUUUGUCGCUGGACUGUUUGUCGCUCCGCUCAUUUUCGACGCUAAUUUUCUCCACCUCGACCAGAAACCCGGUGGUCUCACGUGUUUGAUCCAAGGCAAGAGUGAAGUGUCGACGGAUGACUGCUAUAUGGGUCUUCCUAUCUUUUUCCUUUACAUCAUCAGCAACGUCGUCGUCAAUCUGCUGCUGCUCGAGCUCAUCCGAUUGACCAGCGUGUCAACAAUGUAUGGCUGCACGCUUGCAGGCUUCCUGACCUCCUUCGUGGUUCUGGCAUGUUAUCAAGUGGACCCUGACAAUUUUGGCCUCAUCGAUCUCCACCACGGUCUGAAAAACUGGAUCCCGUCGUCUAUGUACGUGGACAUGGUUGCGUUCAUGACCAUUUUUGCUGGCAAGGUGCUUUACCAGUGGGAUCCGGAUCCGGGUGUUGAAGCAACCACUUUGUCUGCAGAGGACAAAGAGACCAUGUCGUUACUCGAUGGAGGAGACGACUAUGGACUGCGCUACACAUGA